CACCGCAUCAAAAUACACCUAAAUGCAGCAUAAUGCCUUCAAAAGUGUCAUGUUUAUACCUGCUGACAGUGGUCUGCUGGGCGAGCGCUCUCUGGUAUCUGAGUAUAUCUCGUCCAACGUCCACUUAUGUCAGCCACAUGUCCGUGUCCAUUCGGAAGACUGUGAAACCCCACAAAAACAUCACCUUCACCAACAUCCGCACCCGCCCCCUCAACCCACAUGCCUUUGAAUUUGUGAUCAAUGAGCCCAAGAAGUGUGAAAGCACCACGCCCUUCCUGGUCAUCCUCAUCAGCACCACGCACAAGGAGUUCGAUGCGCGUCAAGCCAUCCGAGAGACCUGGGGGGAUGAGAGCACCUUCAGCGACAUCCGCAUCCUCACCAUCUUUCUGCUGGGCAUCAACACGGACGCCGUCCUGAACCAGAUGGUGGAGCAGGAGAGUCAGAUCUUUCAUGAUAUAGUGGUGGAGAACUUUAUUGAUUCCUACCACAACCUCACCCUCAAGACCAUGAUGGGCAUGCGCUGGGUGGCUACCUUCUGCCCCAAAGCGCAGUAUAUCAUGAAGACAGACAGCGACAUCUUCGUCAACAUGGACAAUCUGAUCUACAAGCUCCUGAAGCCCACCACCAAGCCAAGAAGAAGAUAUUUCACCGGCUAUGUGAUAAAUGGCGGCCCCAUUAGAGAUAUGCGCAGUAAGUGGUACAUGCCUAGAGACUUGUACCCUGAGAAUAAAUACCCGCCUUUCUGCUCGGGCACUGGCUACGUGUUCUCAGCAGAUGUAGCUGAGCUAAUCUACAAGACUUCAUUACACACAAGACUGUUGCACCUGGAGGAUGUGUAUGUGGGACUGUGUUUGCGUAAGCUGGGUAUACACCCUUAUCAGAACAGUGGUUUUAAUCACUGGAAAAUGGCCUACAGUCUGUGCAGGUACAGACGGGUUAUCACCGUCCACCAGAUCUCCCCGGAGGAGAUGCACCGCAUUUGGAAUGACAUGUCCAGCAAGAAGCACCUGAGAUGUUAG